AUGUUUGGUAACUAUGCUAGAUCCCCAACUUCACUCUCAAACUAACUUCCUGGUUUCUCACACCCUAACUAACAAUAAAUCCAAACUAAUUAAUUAAAACAAAUCCCCAAUUUGCAAGGUUUCAAAAUCUUUAAAAAUCAAAUGAAAAGCCCUUACAGAUUCUCUCUUUUUAAUGAUAUUACCGGGGGCAGACCUCUUUGAUCCUCGAAUUGACAUGGACUCGUACGUCUCUCCCGUCGAGUCCCGGUUGGACUGUGAUUUCAGUUUCGCUUUCAAUGACAGUAAUUUCUCUGAUAGGGUGUUAAAGAUCGAGAUCGUCGCUGGUUUGCCUGAUGUAAAAUCAGCCGGUGAUGGCUGCUCUAGCAUCACUGAGUGGGCCCGUAACAGAAAGAGAAGAAGAAAGGAUGUUAAGAAAGAUAAAGCCGUGGAAAUCGUGGGGCAAAGUGAGGAUGAGCAGGCACUGACUUGUAACAUUCCCGACACAGAGGAUACUGUGGCCAUGGUUGAGGGGUCUCCUAUAGAUGCUCAAUUGGAUUUUCAUCAACGUGGUGAUGCUGCUGGUCCAAGCAGUGACUCAUCCUGGAGCAUGGAUUGUAAAACAGUUCUAAGAGUUAAGAGUGUACAUAUUAGCUCUGCAAUAUUGGCAGCCAAGAGUUUAUUUUUUCACGAGUUAUUUUUAAAUGGGAUAAAAGAGUCAGCGCAGCGAGACGUUACUAUACAGAUAAAUGCCUCUGAAGAAGAGGCCUUAAUGGACCUCCUCAAUUUUAUAUAUAGUAACAACUUAUCAGCGUGCCGAGCGACUGCUUUGCUGGAUGUGCUCUUGGCGGCCUACAAAUUCAAGGUUGCAUCAUGCAUGAGAUAUUGCAGCAAGUUAUUGCGCGACAUCCCAAUGACCUGUGAAUCUGCUUUGCUCUACUUGGACCUUCCUUCGAGUAUUGUAAUGGCCGAAGCAGCUCAGCCCCUGACGAAUGCAGCAAAGAAGUUUCUAUCUGUGAGAUACAAAGAUAUAUAUAAGUUUCAGGAAGAGGUGCUUAAAUUGCCUUUGGCUGGUAUUGAGGCUGUGCUAUCCAGUGAUUAUCUCCAGGCAGCUUCAGAGGAUACUAUAUAUGACUUAGUGCUCAAGUGGGCGCAUACUCAUUAUCCCAAAUUGGAGGAGCGGAAAGAAGUUCUUGGCAAACGACUUGUUCAACUAAUCCGUUUCCCAUAUAUGACUUGUCGAAAAUUGAAGAAGGUUUUAAAUUGCAAUGACUUUCACCCUGAAUUUGCAUCCAAGGUUGUGCUGGAGGCCUUGUUUUUCAAGGCUGAGACACCACUUAGGCAGCGUGCUCUUGCAGUAGAUGUACCCAAUGCUGUCAAUCGUCGCUUUGUGGAGCGGGCAUAUAAGUACCGACCUGUCAAGGUGGUUGAUUUUGAAAGUCCUCAUCAGCAAUGUGUGGUGUACCUGGACUUGAAGCGGGAGGAGUGUGCACAACUCUUUCCAACUGGUCGGGUGUAUUCACAAGCAUUUCACCUUGGUGGACAGGGGUUUUUCUUGUCUGCCCACUGCAACAUGGACCAACAGGGCACGUAUCACUGUUUUGGACUUUUUCUGGGAAUGCAAGAAAAGGGAUCAGCGAGCUUUGCUGUUGACUAUGAGUUUGCAGCCAGGUCAAAGCCAACUGAGGGUUAUGUCAACAAGAACAAAGGGAACUACACUUUCACAGGUGGGAAGGCUGUUGGGUAUCGGAACCUGUUCGGUGUACUCUGGGAAGCAUUCAUGGAAGAUGACAGCAAUUAUUUUAUUAAUGGCACCCUCCAUCUCAGGGCUGAGCUUACCAUAAGGCAAUGAGUUUUUACCUCCAGGACUCGGCUUUUGCCCUAAGUUGAUUUGGGGUUUUCCUUGCUGGCGUUAUUUGAUCUAUUCAUUCCAGCGACGCUUGAAAGUAAUCUGCAAACUAUCCAAGAUGCUAUUUUGACCUGGCUAGAUGAAUUGUACAUUCAGAUACAAAUCACACUGGGGCUCUCCUAUUAAAAUGCUUUGGCAUUUUCACAUGCAAACAAUCAGGGAAGAGAAAAGAGAUGAAAAUUACCGUUAAUUAUGUUUACCUAGAUAGGAUGCUAGGUGUCCAGUGACAUCUUAAUUACUGGAAAGUUACUGAUUGAGCAA